AUGGUCACGUUGCUCUCCCUCCAGUCUCGAGUUGUUCCUCCAUUCUCACCUCCAACAAAGCCCCUCACCGUUCUUCCAAUCGUAUAUGACUCGCCAAUGGCUAUGAAGAGUGCUUCAUCCUGGCCUGCCUUGCUCAGGGAAGAUCCCAGAGCCUCGGUCCGCGCCUAUAUCGAUGCAACCCUCACGGCUCUGGUCGACCAGUUGGCCCUCUCCCACCACGGACACCCAUGCAUCACCCUUCGACGAAGAGCGAACUCGGUUAACUGUGUCAUCAAUCCCACGAACGGAGCUCUCGAACCAGCUGGGCGGACAGAAACAUACCGAUCUUAUUCCUGGCCAGGAAGCUCAGUAUAUGAAUCAUGGAAAUUCACCGUGAUCCUUCGAGUUCUAGCCAUCAUUGAUCAAGCCCUGCACAAGGGAGAAGAUAUCUAUUACAUUGACACCGCAUAUUUUCGGUCCCAGGAGACAGUGAAUGGCAUCAUCGAUGAUAUUGCGUAUACAAUUGGGGUUGAUAGGGCGGCAUUGAAUGUGGAAGCCGCAGGGAAGGGACUCGUUGCCGGAUGUUUCCGUCUUCGGCGCGACUCGAUUCUGAUCUUGGAUGCAGACUCAUCAAAUGAGGACACCAUGAUCCCUCGUAUCCAAGAGGAUGAUCAAAUAGAUAUCUCAGGUGCUCGAUGGGUGUUUAUCAUCGAGAAAGAAGCAGUCUUCCAUCGAUUAGUACGAAGCACAUAUCAUAAACGAGCCAUUAUUGGUGGCGGGAUCCUGGUUACCGGCAAAGGAUAUCCCGAUCUUUACACCCGCGAAUUCAUCCGUCGCCUGUUUGAUUCCGCCUCCGGUUCCAAUCAGCGAUUGCCUCGUUUCUACGCUUUAGUCGAUGGAGACCCUCAUGGUAUUGCGAUCAUGUCCACAUAUAAAUACGGAUCAUUGGCCCAUAUGCAUGAAAACGCCCGGCUCAGCAUACCUGGAUUGCAAUGGCUGGGCCUGCGAGUCGAAGACACGGUUUUAGCUUCACAGGUGUCCGAGAAUACGAAAUUUUUGCCCUUGACUGAUGGAGACCGAAAAAAGAUCAUCACGAUGCUUCGAAACAGUCCAGUUUGGGCCAGCAAUGGGCCAGAGCCCGAGUGGCGUUUAGAGCUGCAACGGAUGCUCAUGUUAAACGUCAAGGCCGAGAUUGAGAUGCUGUAUGAGCGGGAUGGGGGCCUAGAGGGUUGGAUUGAUCAGAAGAUUUUUCGCCAAGACUGA